CAGGAAUAUGCCGCCGGCACAGGCCAACAAGCCGCCGCCGCGGGAUGAGGGCCAGGUGAUCGUGAUAACCGGUACGACGGGCGCCUUGGGGACAUAUAUGCUUGACAUAGCGUCUUCCUGCCCCGGAGUCAAGAGGAUCAUUUGCCUUAACCGCACGGAUGACGCCGAGACUCGGCAGAGGAAGACCAACGCCGACCGUGGCCUGAACAUCGACUUCUCAAAGGCCGAGUUCUUGCGCGCCGACAUGUCGCAAUAUGAUUUAGGACUUGAACAGGGGGUGUACGACAGACUUCUGACCGAGGUGGACAGGGUCAUCCACAACCAAUGGCCGGUUAACUUCAACAUGCCUGUCGAGUCCUUCGAGCCGCACAUUCGGGGGGUCCGGAACCUGGCUGACUUCAGCUGCAAAGCGGCGAAGCGAGUCCCCAUCGUGUUCAUCUCGUCCAUCGCCACCGUUAGCGCUUGGAAGAACCCAGAGCCAGUGCCUGAGGAACCACUUGGGGACUUGGACAUCAGCACCGGCGGCUACGGCCAGUCCAAGCUCAUCAGCAGUCUCAUCUUGAAGAAAGCAAGCGAGGUUUUGGGUGUUCCCAUCGAAAUCAUGCGCAUCGGGCAAAUCGGCGGCCCAAGCAGCGAAAAGGGGGUCUGGAACCGGCAGGAGUGGCUCCCUAGCAUCAUUGCUAGCUCGGUAUAUCUCGGCCUCCUUCCCGAGAGUCUUGGACAGAUGACGACGGUUGACUGGACACCGAUCGAGGGAAUCGCGAACCUCGUGCUCGAGGCAUCUGGAGUGACGUGCAAGGUUCCGAUCCAAGACAUCAACGGCUAUUUCCACGGCAUCAACCCGGACAAAACGCCAUGGAGGCCGCUGGGAGAAGCCGUGAAGGAGUUCUACGGCGGCCGCAUCAAGAAGCUUGUCAGUUUCGACGCGUGGGUGAGCGCGCUGGAGAAUAGCCAAACCAAAGCCGAGGACAUCGGCAUGAACCCAGGUGUAAAGCUACUCGACACUUACAAGGCUUGGGUAAGGGCAGCGAAUGAAGGACAGGGAUACGUCGCCAUGGACACGUCACGGACUACGAGCCGCAGCAAGACGAUGCGCGAGAUGCACGCCGUCACGCCCGAGCUCAUGAAGAAUUGGUGCAGGCAAUGGCAAUUUUAAUGGGCCAUUGAUAGUGCGAGAAAGGUUGCGACUUUCGCAUUAAUGCUGUUUGGGCAGAGACAGUAAACCUGGUUUGGUCUUCAGGAACAGAGACAGGUAUUAACAUGGGAAGAAGGGAGCCAAGGGGGAUAAUAUCCAUGAUGUGUCCGCGGCAGUCGCAUGAAACGGAAGCUACCGGGAAGCGCAA